AUGUUUUCUCAUUGCCAAAAAGCGAGGGUGCGUCAGAUGGAGAGAUUAACCAACGCAUGUAGCUUUUGCAAGCAGCGAAAAAUAAAAUGUGAUAGAAACAUUCCUUGCUCAUCAUGUGUAAAAUACAAAAAGGAUUUAUGUGGCUCAGCUUGUGACGAAAGUUCAUUACGAAAAGAGAAUUUCAUUGAUUUAUUACAGAAUCUAUCAACAAGGAUUGAAUCAUUAAGUAAAGAAGUAAGGAAAGUAAAAUCAAUACCAAGGCAUAAUACACCAAAUCACAACGAAUGGGUGGGAGGUCCAGAAAAUGACACCCCGGAGAAUAUAUUACGAUCCCAUUCACCUUCGUUGAACAAUAGACCGGGAGAGAGCUUCGACCCAGAAACAGAUGAAAUCUUAAGUCGCUAUGAAUCAGAUACCGUGACCAGAUCACAAGGGAACGUUGCAACUGAUAGAUUCGACGCUACUUCUCAUUCUGUUGAAUUUGAAGAUGACGAGGACAUAGAAACAAAUUUUUUCGACUUGUUCAACCCAGUGGAUAAAGACCAUCAAUUCUAUGGUCCCUAUACAUGGAACGCAUUAUAUAAAAUAGAUGGGGAGCUAGGAAAGGUUUGGUCGAGACUACAAAAUUUUGAAGAAUUCAAUCUCAUCUACGAUAGUUCAUUGCAAAAAGACAUCAAACUAAACAUAGAUUUGAUACAACAAUCGGACGAGAACAUAGCUAGCUGCGGAGACUUGAUUAAGAGAAUUGAAAUAAAUUUACCAACUUUCACAAAAGUUUCAGCUUUGGUCGAUUGCUUCUUUAGUAAGGUUUGCGUAUUUUUUCCAUUCGUCGAUGAACAGGACUUCAGAAACGAAAUUUCACGUAUUGUGAUUAAAGACUUCACAGGCCAGACGAUCCUUCGACUCACUGCAAAAAAACAGCUCUACACGGUCGGAUUGCUACUACUCAUCUUGCAAGUAUCAUAUUAUUCCGAAUCCCAAGAUUUCAAUGAUAAUCAGCGGGGCCUAGAUUUGACUGAAUUUGUUGUUCAUAUAGUUAACCAAUUCAACGUUGUCACUAACAACGACUUGGAAUUCUACCAGUUGAUCUUAUUCUUGAGAAACUAUCAGUCACAAGGACCCGAAUUUGGGGAAAGUCUAGAUCUGAAUAUGUCUAACUUUUUUGGGACUUUAUUACUGCAAAAAGCUUAUCACUUGAGAUUACACAGAGACCCGCAAUAUGUGUAUCCCGGUGAAGAAGAUGGUAGGAUUUUCAAUUUGAGAAGAAAACUUUGGUUCUUCACGUUGGUGAAUGAUUUUCUUCCGAUUUUGUCGUCUGGAAAUACCACGAAUAUAGCUAAAUUCGACGCUGACGUGAAAGCGCCACGUCUCCACAAUGAUAUGUCCAAUAGCAACCACAAGGACUACAACGUAGAAAAGACAGUGAUGUUGAUGCUUGGAUCUGGAGAGAGAUUCAAGAAAAUUCCAGUUUCGAUCUACACAAUAGGAAAAACUUUCAAACUUAAUGAUUUGAGAAGGGACGUCGAAAGGCAUUUUGACUCUUUAACGGAGGUCAAUAAAGCAUAUAAGGACAUCUUGCAUAGUGAGUCGAGUAAAUACUAUUACAAGAACUUUAAGCUAAAAUUUUUCUUUCAACACGCAGGCAUGUUGAUAGCAGCUUAUUACCUCAUAUUUCAGGUUUACAUCAGGAACAAUAAAGUUCAACUGUCUUCAACAAUCCUCAGACUCUUAGUGAAGAUAAUUUACGAGCAGAUAUUACCGAUUGUUAGUCAACUAUUCCUAUCGACUAAAAAUAGCAUGAACAAAUUUAUUUUGAUACAAUCAAUCCAGGCCUUGAUGAACAAAAUGGUUAUUGUUAACUUCAUGAUAUUAUCUAAGGUUGAAGGUGAGCUUCAUGAUUUGAUAGUGAAAGCUAGUGAAGUUUUUUUGAAUUUUUUCAAAUAUCUUUCAAAGAGAUACUUCUACUCUUGGAGGCUUUUGAAAGUGCACAAAUUAUUCUUCUCAUUUAUCACGUCUAAUCCUCCACCAAAAGUGUACGAGGCAUUCUCCAAAGAUAGAGUUAUAAUUGAUACCAUAAAGAAUGCUUUAUCAGAUUAUGAUUUUACCUCGUUUGUAGGUAGUUUAACGGAUGAAAAUGACGACACUAUAUGGUUGCAGAUUUUAUCGAUAAAGAGAGUCACAAAUAAAAUUCAAUGA